CCUCGGGUUAAUCUGGACAUCAGCGGUGAAAAUAUGACCGUGGAUGGCGUUAUUCGCACACGAAGUAGCACAGAGAUGGUCCGCGUGCAAAAUGGCGUCAACAAAUUGAAGAAGAAAAAGAGAGUGACUGGACUUGGCGUUAAUGGCUGCUUCGCCCCCACACUAGAUGUUAGCAGCGUGAAGGAAACGCCAUCGAAAGUAAGAUCCAAGCAAAUCGUGGCAUCCCUACACUGUAUGGGUACCCCGGUCCAUGGAAAAUGUGAGGUGUCGUCCUACGCUUCGGAUAUUUGUAUCGUAGGGAAUACCGACUCCCCACCUAAAGUCCUACACUGCAGCAACUCCGCCUCUGACGUAGGCGAUGAGGGCGAGCGCGUCAUGAGUGCUGAUGGCGUCAGUCGCCUGCCGCCCCCCACGUUCCGCGUGAGUGACGGCGGCUGUGUGGGGGUGGGCUACAACUCCAACCAUGAGCUCACGAGGGACGGGCUGCAGGAGCUAGAGCUCAUGAUGGAAGAGCAAAGCCGUCUGAGAUCACUUCGAAUGGGCAAGGAUCAUUACAGUUUUGACCUAGAGGACCUGCCAUUGGAUGUCAGCCCUGAAACUUUAUCGUCCAACUCAAAGAUCGGCUUGGACGCGACGGUUGAUCUGUCGGAUGAGUAUGUGUGUGCAAGGGAUGUCUGUCACUCUCAGAACUCCACCGAUCAGCUCACCACGGCCACUGAAUGCCUGCACGUGCGCUCUCCAGAUCAGACCACGCCCCCAGACCAGAAUGCCUCUCCCCGGGACGUGUGAUCACGGAGUGGCAUCCCUCACAAAAACUUCACAACACGGCUCACUCUUCACUUGUGUGAUAAAAAAAAUAAUAAUUUAGACUUACGAGAGGGUGAAGAAGAAGAAGAAUGAAAAAAGGGGUGGGGGCGAUUUGGCUGGGAUAAUUAGUUAAUAAAUUUUUGGUGGAGAAGAUUAAAGAAGGAUGGCACAAUGUGAAAGACAUACUGAAUUAUGGGAUGAUUUAUGUCGUUUAUUAUAAGUAACAGUGCGAUUUUUAUACAUUUACAUAUACCUAUAUAUGUAUAUUAUUAUCAUGUACAUUUGUAUAUUAUUUAAGUUGUGAAAAUGGAAGGAUAAUUAAGUAUCUUAUUCUGCAAUUCGAAGCACUGAGUAUGAAUGCUAGAUGAACUAUAUAUUAGAUGACUGAGUUUGUCUGAACAUGAGUAUGAGAGUGAAAGUGCGAAUUUUAUAUUUUACAAAUUAUGUUUGAAAAAUUUAUAUAGAAGUAUAUUUUACAAUUUUGGUAAAUAAA